GCAUUGUUUUGAGAAAUUUGGGAGGAAACCGGAGCACCCGGAGUAAACCCACGCCACAACAGUAGACAACACAAACUCAGAAGGGCUCAGGACCGGGACUAUGAGGUCACACUGCUGAGGUGGCCCCUAGAGCUCAAGUCCUGCCCCACAUCUGUAACCUCCUGCUCCACUGGUCUCUGUCCCUCGAUGAUGAAGGACAGAGGACAGUGGAGGAGAAAGUAACAUGGAGGUGAGGCAGGACUUGAGCCUUUAUUGCAUUCAUUUUGAAGGAAAAAGAGAAACCCCAGACAAUUUUUUCCAUUCAAGAUGAAUACUUCAUUUUACCUACAUAACACCAACCCUCCAACCCUGAAGGGCUUGGAGAUGACGUUGCCCACAGAGGAGAAGAACCUGCACAUGGCAUUAAACUUUUUUGGUGGUUUCAUCAGGUGAUCUUUAAUGUUAUUUUUUGUAGCUGCCACUGCAGUAUCUCACUAAUGCUUACCACCUGACUCAAUCACCUACCUGCCCAGGUGCUACUCAUUAGUCAUUGGCCCCAGUACAUACACAACUUAAAAUAGAUGCAAUUCAAGUUAAUUUAGCAGUGUUCCAUUUGCAAGAUUUAAAGUUGAACUGUAACUUAGUCUUAUCUGAUCAUUCAUAAUAAGUUUAUUCUCCUAAACAGGGAUCACUAAUCAUAUUAUCUUGUGGCUAAUAGCAUUAUUACGAGCUAGUUCCUUCCUGGCUGAGGACAACAAAGAAUGAAUCUGAGGAACUCAGAUGGCGCCGGACCGGCUGUAUAAACAAAAAACAGAAGCUCCGAUAACAGAGUCGUCUCCCAGCCAUUAAGGUGAAAUACCUUCUCCUGGCAUGGCUGGGCAUCCUCAUCACCAGCUGGGUCAUCUACAUGCAGUAUGCCUCUUAUGCUGAACUCUGCCGUGGGCAUGUCUGCCAUAUGGUCAUUUGUGAUCACUAUAGAAGGGGCAUAAUAUCAGGCUCGUCCUGCAAGGCAUUGUGUGAUCAGAGAACACUAACCCUGCAGCGCUGCAUGUCCACCUCCUCUACACACCAGGUGUACAGUGGACUGUGGAGGGAAAGACCUGUUGUGAUCAAGUGUGGUAUUGAGGAUCCAGUGAAGACUGAUGGGGCUCCGGACUCUGUACUGCGACAGGAGAUGAGCUUAUUUGACAAACCCACUCGUGGAACCUCUAUGGAUGAAUUUAAAGACAUGCUGCACAGUUUCCUCAAGACUAACCUUGGUGAGCAGCCAUCUUUGAGCACCUUGGUGGACAGGGUGAUUACCCUGGCUGAUGUCAACCAGGAUGGCAAAGUGUCUCUAGCAGAGGCCAAGUCUAUCUGGGCUCUUCUCCAGAUCAAUGAAUUCCUCCUGAUGGUGGCGUUGCAGGAGAAGGAGCACACCCCCAAACUGCUAGGCUUCUGUGGAGACUUGUAUGUGACAGAAGGUGUGGGCCACAGCUCCCUCUACAGUCUAGAGGUGCCUCACUACCUGCAUGCUCUGGUCCCAGAGGCCUUGAGCUCCGGCCUGAACCACUGGCUCGCACCAGCCUGGCCCCGUCGGGCUCGCAUCACCAUCGGCCUGCUGGAGUUUGUGGAAGAGGUCUUCCACGGGUCCUACGGGAGUUUCCUAAUAUGCGAUGCCAGUCCUCGCCAUGUGGGCUACAAUGCAAAGUAUGACUGCAAGAUGGCCAACCUGCGCAGUGUGGCAUCUGAGGCUGUUGUGCAGGGAUUUUUGAGGGGGCGGCGAUGUGAGACCAAUGCAGACUGUACUUAUGGCCGGGACUGCACGGCCACCUGUGAUCGACUAGUGAAGCAGUGUAAUACUGAGGUUGUACAGCCCAAUCUUGCAAAGGUGUGUGUGCUGUUGCAGGACUUUCUGCUUUUCGGAGCACCUUCAGACCUCCGUGGGGAUCUGGAAAAGCAGCUACGCACCUGUGUGACACUCAGCGGUCUGGCAAGCCAGAUGGAGGUGCAUCACUCACUAGUCCUUAACAACCUGAAGACAUUACUGUGGAAGAAAAUUUCUAACACACAGUACUCUUGAAAACAGGGUGAGAUUAUUCAACCUGUACCUCUACAUAAGGAGUGAAUUAUUAUAUGAACAUGAGUAGUUUUUGCUUAUGAAGCUUUGCCAAAUGUUGUGGUUAUUGAUGUAUUUUCACUCUUCAUUGACUGUGUAUAACAGGAAACUGUGAAAUAAUGAAUAUACAAUAUGAAACAGCAGAUGAUGCAGACUCGUAAAACCUCAUACAAUCCCUGUCAUGCUUUUGUUUUCCAAUGCAUUAUUUUGAGAAGCACACUCAUCUGUUUAGACACAAGAUUCUCAGGGCACUGCCUAUAACGUUAUUUGUAAAAUAAUCUGUAAGUAAAUAAUUCGUUUUUAAAGUAGUUUCAUAGAUUACUCUUUUGUCUGUCCCUAGUAGAGACAGAAAGUCAAAUUGUGACAUGGUGUGAUAGUUUUUGUACAACUGUAAAUAUUAAUGGAACAUUGUUGUUUCCUGUGUAUAAAUUAAUCUCCAUCUGAAGCAGAGAUAAGGUAAAAAUAAUGGAUGGAAUAAUGCAUAUAUACAGUAGCACUGAAAUGUCCCUCCUGGUAUUGAUCUGAUAUUGAUAAUGUAUUCAAAUCGACCUGAACAGACUGGAGUUGUAAAGGACAAUCAGACAUGAUUAAACUUGAACGAACUUCUAAUCAAUUAAUAAAUGUAAAUUGGUUGGA